AUGGAGCCCCUGGCCAGCCUUCCGGAGCUGCCGCCGAGCGACUGCCCCGACCUUCAGAAGGCCAGCACGGGCUCGACCGAGGCCCCCUCGACAUCCGGCUCGGGCUCUUCGACGUCCGACUCCGACUCGGACUCCGGCUCCAACUCCCGGCGCUCGGGCGCAGCAGCCGACGCCGCGAGCAGCGACGGGAACAGCAGCGACAGCGACAGCGACAGCGAGCUCACCGACAUCAGCGACGAGGAGGCGGUCGACGAGGACGCCGAUUCUGCUCCAGUGGACCCCAAGGACCUGGUGACCGAGGUACCGAAGGCACCGAAGGACCCGAAGUACCCCGUGACCUGGGAGGGGGCAUCGGCCCCAGGGGUGCCUGGUUUCAACAAGAUCGCCGCACUGAGGCUGCUGAGGCCGCUGAAGAAGGCCGCGAAGGUGGCAGCCGCGGCCCUUGAGGGCCCCGUCCCGCCAGCGGGCAAGAGCGUCGCAUGCCCGCCGCUGCAGCCGCACCAGGAGUCGGUGGCACUGCUGCUGCACCCGCAGUCGCCGGUGACGAGGCUGCUGGUCGACCACCCCACAGGCUCCGGCAAGACGAGGGAGAUGAUCCGCGUGCUGGACAACUUCUUCUCCGACCACAGGCCGAAGGUGCCCAUAUUCCCCAAGGAGCCCGUGUGCCGCAACUUCUACGCCGAGCUGCUGCGUUGGCCAAGUCGCUACCGCGACUUCUUCUGCUGCUUGAACCCAGAGGAGGCCAAGCAGGCCUGCGGCUUGCGGAGCUGGCGCAAGCGGCGAGAGCAGCUUUGGGACCUGUCGGAUCUGGACGAGACGGAGCUGCGCAGGCUGUGCGCCGCGCUGCGGGAGACGCUCGAGAUGAAGGGCUGGUUCUACAUGGGCUGCAUGGUGCGUUCCAAGCGGAACGACUUCAAGAAGCGCUUCCCCAACGACGAGCUGCCGGGUGGCCCUCUGAGGGCUCUGCGGUACUCCUCUGCUGGAGGGCGGCACACGCAGCUGAGGGAGGGCUGGCCGAUCAGCGCCCUGCUCAAGGUCGCCUUUGACCACGACGGGAAGAACGUCUACUCGAACAAGAUCGUCCUGAUGGACGAGGUGCACAAUCUGGUUCGCGCGCAGACGCAGUACCUGGAGCAGCUGACGAACCUGCGCGAGCUGCUCGCGGGCGCCAGGGGCAUGGUGCUCGCGGGCUUCACUGGCACCCCGAUACUCAAUGAGGCAACGGAGGGCAGGCAGCUCCUGGACGUCAUCAAGGGAAAGCUCGCUCCCCCAGGCGACGAGGGCUUCCUGUCCUCCUUCCCGUUCCGGCCCAAGGAGCUCUUCCCCGUCUCGCUGCCGCAUGGCAUCCCGGACGCCACGCUAACGCCGAAGCUGCGGCGGCGCCUGGUGCAGCGGGUGGCGCUGAAUGGCGAGGCCCUGAAGAGGUACGACAUCAAACGCCGGAAGGGCAUGCCAGAGCAGACCCUGCACAGGUAUUGCAAUCUCAGCGUGCACUUCGGCAGCCUCCACUCCGGCAGGAGCGGCACGAAGGCCCGCGUGCUGGCGGACAUGGCGGCGUGCGCCCCAAAAUUGGACGCCAUCGCGCGAGACGUCGCCCGAAGGCCCGAGAAGGCCCUGGUGCUCAUCAACCGCAGCUCCGGCCUGGAGGCCCUGCUCGAGCAUCUCCGCGCCCUGGCCUCCGCGGCGGGCACGCCGGCGGAGGAGGGCCAGGCCGCCCGGCCCGCCUUCGGGGUGGCGACCAUGGACCAGCUGGCCGCCUUCAACUCACGAGGCAACCUGCGCGGGCAGACCUUCCGCGUCCUCGUCGCCGACGCCCUCACCUGUUCCGAGGGCGUCAGCUUCUUCGGCGUGCGGCGCCUGCACCUGGCGGACGUGCCCAAGACGCCCAGCGCCCUGAUACAGUCGGUGGGGCGCACCAUCCGCAUGCACGGGCACCGCGGGUUGCCCGUGGAGGAGCGCACGGUCACGACGGUGCUGCACGUGGCGGGGAUGCCGCGCUGGAUGCGGUCGCCGCUGGGCGCCUUCGCGCUCCAGGCGCAGAAGAAGCACGACAAUCCGCAAGCGACAUUUGGCGGCGCCCGGCAGAUGCUGCGCACGCUGAUGAAGGCGGGAAGCUCGAGCCUGGAGCAGUUCAAGGCGCUGGUCGACGAGCGCAGCGGCCCGCCCGCGGCCGCGGCGCGGGAGGGGGCCGACGCCUCGGACGCCCGGGAGAAGAAGCCCCUGGAGCCGAGCCAGAUGGUGUCGCUCCUCGAGCGGCUGAGCCUGUGGGAGGAGGCCAAGACGAUGCGGUCGCGGCAGCAGAAGCUCAAGAGGAAGCCCGGGCACUUCAAGCAGCGCGUGGCGAAGGCGGCGAAGAUGGCAAAGGCGAAGCCCGCGCCCGCGGCGAG